ACGAAAGGAAGGAGUACCAAGAAGGAAGUUAGAGCAAAAAUGUCUAAGGUCACGGAUGAGAUCAGAGCCAAGGCAGAGUUCUACCAAGGAGACGAGAUUUGUCAAGCGAAGUCGAAGGAAUUGCUCACAGAAAUGGGGUUGCCAAAUGGGUUACUGCCGCUUCAUGACAUUGAAGAAUGUGGGUAUCUGAGGGAGACUGGGUUUGUAUGGCUGAAGCAGAAAGCGAGCAUAACCCACAAAUUUGAACAGAUUGACAGGCUUGUGACCUAUGGCACUGAAGUCACAGCCUAUGUUGAGCCCGGAAAGAUCAAGAAGCUCACCGGGGUGAAGGCCAAGGAGUUCUUGGUCUGGGUCACACUUACUGAAUUCUCAGUGGCUGAUCCCCCUACUGGGAAGAUCACUUUCAAGAGUACCACAGGGCUCUCCAGGUCAUUCCCUGUGUCAGCUUUUGAAGUUGAGGAGCAUGUCAAGGAAUCUGUGAAGGAAAACCUGGAAGUGAAUGAAGCUGUGCAAGUGCAAGAGGUCUGAUUUUUAGGAGCGGAUCUCUUUUGAGUUAAAGAAGUGUUACCGAUAAUAAGAUGGAGUUACCAGAAUAAUUUCAUAUGGGGGGGUUUCAAUAUUAUUGUUUGGUCAUAGAUAUUUAUAAGUUUGUGAAGCAAAUUUCUGCAGAGUGCAGAAGACUAUCUUAUAUAUAUAUAUGUAUAUUGUGUAAGUUGUUAUUUCAACUGGGAGAAGUUAAAGGAUUUAUUCUGAAUGCAA